CUGUUCCGAGUCCUCGGUGGGAGGGCUGCCUCGGUUCCCGGCGAGCCCGCUCAAGGAAGGGGCGCUAUGCGAGGCCUGCUGCCGCUCCUCUGCCGGCGUCUCCAGAGAGCCAUGGCCGCGGGACCUCCGGGGCCGGUCGGGCUUUGCCACGAUGCUCCGAGUCCGGCUCCUGCGCCUUCCAGAGAGAGCAAAGGCAGCGCCCAGCUAGGUGUACAACCUACCUUUGGCAUUCUGUUUGAUAUUGAUGGAGUAUUGGUACGAGGAAGGACACCAAUUCCUGCUGCCCGAAAAGCCUUUCAAAAACUACUUAAUUCUCAGGGACAACUUUUGGUGCCUGUAGUAUUUGUUACUAAUGCAGGAAACUGUCUUUGUCAGAAGAAAGCAGACCAGCUCUCCCACCUUCUUGAAGUUCCAAUUUCCCAGGACCAAGUUAUGAUGUCCCACAGUCCUUUGCAAAUGUUCAAACGUUACCAUGACAAAUGUGUUCUUGUAUCAGGACAAGGCCCACUCCUUGACAUUGCUAAGCAUCUUGGAUUUUGUCGGCCUAUUACAAUUGACAAGUUGCGAGAAACCUAUCCCUUAUUGGACAUGGUGGAUCAUGACAGAAGACCUCAAGUUUUGCAUUCUCCCACAGUGGAAUUCCCCAAGAUUGAAGCAGUUAUUUUGUUUGGUGAGCCAGUGAGGUGGGAAACCAACCUACAAUUAAUAAUAGAUGUUCUUUUGACAAGUGGCUGUCCUGGAAAUCCUUAUCAGGGAACUUAUCCACAUAUUCCUGUAUUGGCUUGUAAUAUGGACUUGAUGUGGGCAGCUGAAGCCCAAUCUCCAAGGUUUGGGCAUGGAAUGUUUAUGGUUUGUUUGGAAAAUAUUUAUAAGAAGAUCACUGGCAAAGCAUUGAAAUAUGAAGCUUUGAUGGGAAAGCCUAGUGAACUGACUUACCACUAUGCAGAGUACCUCAUUAGGACUCAAGCAUCUGCAAAGCAAUGGAAGAGCCCUAUUCAAACUUUGUAUGCCAUUGGGGAUAACCUGAUGACAGACAUUUAUGGUGCUAAUCUUUACAACCGCUACCUUGAAGAGAGGAUCUCAAGAAGAGGUUCUAAGGCACGUGUCCAGGCCAAAGCACUAGGUGGCACAAGAUCUGCCACAGUUGCUCAGGAAGAGGAACUUGAGAAUUCUUGGGAAAAUGAACUUGCAUUAGCUACUGCCACAAGCUGUAGAUCUGUCCUUGUUUGCACUGGGGUUUAUAAACCUCACACAGAGGUGCCUUCUGAUACAAGGGAGAACAUUACUGAGACUGUCUUUCAUGGGCACAGAGAUUUCAGAUUUGAUCCUGCUUUAGUAGAACCAAACCACAUAGUGUCAGAUGUUGAAGCUGCUGUUGAUCUAAUCUUCCAACUGGAAAAUUUUGCACCACAUGAAAACUGCAGGACUUCCUAAUGAUUUGUGUGAUGUUGUUAUAUUCCUUUUCCUUCUGAAAAGCGAAGAGGGGUACUUAAUAUCAACCAGUCUCAUACUAAUAUUUUUAUAAGUAACACUAAUACAUUCCUAAAAUAACAGAACAGCAUACCCCUUUAUAUCUUUUUUCUGUGCCCUGGUUUAUUUUAGUGACCAAUACUGUUAUGAAUUGUACUUUUCUAUGAAUUUUUUUUUCUGCGUACUGACUUCACUCCUAGUUCAGAGAUCCUAGUUUCCUGUUUUGAUUAUUGAUGUUAAACAUUAGGUGUGUUUGGCAGACAAAAUUGCAAAACAAGCACACUACUAAACUCCAAACAUUGCAUUAUAUGUCUCCCCUCCCAAGGAACAUGCCCAUCCUUAGUACCCAACUUUUUCUUUCUCCCAUUUCCUUCCCUUGGCUCAAUGCUCUCUCUCUUUUAUGAAGCGUAGAUGAAGAGAGCUGGGAUGCGCAUAUCAGGUGGACCACGAAAGCUGUGUGUUGAUGCUUUUCUUUUGUAUUCGGGUUGAGAUUGAAUGGCAGAAUUCAUAACUGAACAGAAGGGUUUUGUCAAGAUAGGUCCAUGCACAAUCCAUUAAAAUGAAUGGGAUUUACAUGAGAGCAAAUACAAUUUUGCUCAAACCCGACCUUGAACAAGCUUCCUAGAAGAGCUUCUGUCAGACUUUGCUCUUUAUCUGUUUUAUUACUAUUAUUCUG